AUGAUCCACAAUGAUCCUGACUUACCAACCAUACAAAAAUUUCAUUAUCUAAAGGGCUGUGUCACCGGUGACGCAGCCAACAUAAUCUCGUCCCUUGAAACAUCAACCGAAAAUUACAAGGUAGCUUGGGAUCUCAUAAAAAAUCGUUAUCAUAAUAAAAAAUUCAUCAUUGACAGUCACGUAAAAUCACUUUUCGAAAUGCCAUGCAUGUCCAAAGACUUUUCAAUCCGCGCGUUGUACGAUAAAACUCAAAAGCACAUUCGAGCACUUCGCGCAUUAUCAGUCGAAGUAGAUAAGUGGGAUUCCAUAAUUAUCCACCUGAUCAAAGGGAAAUUAAACAAUUACAUAAUUGAAAAAUGGGAAGAAUCUACCAGCAAUGAAGACUUACCCACCUUGCAAAACAUAUUAGAUUUCUUAGAGCGCCGCUCACAAAUUGAGGAGACAAGGGCAGCUAUUAAUCAAGCACAAAAUCAAAAGGCUUUAAAUCCAAAAUUCAAUAGCAAUUCACGUCAGGGUUCGCGUUCACAAUUUCAUUUUACAGGUGCUACCACAGCAUCGCCCGCGAGUUCAAAUAGCUCUCAGACAAAUAACAAUGCCUUCAAAAUAUCAUGUUACAUUUGUGAAGGAGAACAUGGGGUUUACGCUUGUAGUCAAUUUUUAAACUUGUCACCCAAAGAGCGGUACGAAGCAGCAAAAAGAAUUUCUUUAUGCCCUAACUGCCUUCGCGGGAAUCAUCAUUUAAAAAAUUGCGUAUCGAGUGGGCGCCGAAAAUGUGGAAAGAGACACAAUUCUCUCUCACACUUUGAGAAUCCCAGAUCUGAGAACCAUUCAAAUCCAAGUGCAUCACAACCAAAUCAACCUGAUAAUUCAAAACACCCAAAUUCUGCACCUGUUUCUAGUUACCAGUUCGCGAUUCCUUCUCAAGUGGUUUUAGCCACGGCCGUUGUCGAUGUCCUCGAUAGUCAAGGGAAUUCAUGCCCAUGCCGCAUAAUGUUAGAUUCUCCACCACAGUCAAGCAUGCGACAAAUGUCACAAUCAAGUCUCGUUAUACAAAUUUACUAUGUGAUCUGUCACUUUUCAUUGUUCAAACGAUCGAAUCUCUUUUUGGCCGAUCCAGAUUUUCACAUUCCAGCCGAAAUAGACAUGAUUCUGGGUGCUCAAUACUUUUAUCACUUCUUGCGAACUGGAAAAAUUUCAAUUGUAGUUCACAUAGCCGUUUUUCAAGGAACAGAGUUCGGUUGGGUAGUAGCAGGAACUUUCAACCACAAACGCGUAAAAGAAAGCAAAAUCUAUUGCAAUUAUACAAACUUCUCUGACUUGUCUCUUUUGUGGGAAUUAAAUUCACCUACUUCAACUUCUUCGCGCUCGAAAGAAGAGGAAGCUUGCGAAAUGAAUUACACAAAAACCACACAUCGCAAUAAAUCAGGUCGUUAUACGGUUCAGCUACCGUUUAAUAACAAAAUUUUCGAUCUAGGAGAAUCACGCCGUGCAGCUCUCAUUAGAUUUCAGUCUCUCGAAAAUAAGUUUAAAAAAGAUCCAGCACUCAGAGAACAAUAC